AGUCCUCUUGCUGCAUCAACCAAAUCGACAUACUGUCAGACUCGUCCAAGCUCCUAAUAUUUGCACUCUACGUCUUACCUGGUCCCGUGAUAACUGGUUGAGCAGUCGCUCACGCCGCUCGAUCUCCUCCUUUGUCCUAUCGGUAGCCGUUCCUGUCAGAGACCUCACACACUAAUAGCAUCAGCAACAGUACCAUACACUGAGCUGGAGGAUCGCUUGAGUUGGUCGAAGUCCCGUUUGAGCCGUGAAACGCUCUGCUGCAGCGCAAAGACGCUAGUGCCGAUAGCACCCGAGUUGCCCGUACGGAUCUUGCUGGACAGCACUUGUUCCUGCCCGCGUGCACUCUCUAGCCUGUCCAACCACGAGGCCCAUGCCUUCGCGCUCAUGAGCGGACCACAAGUGGAGAAACAGGCAAGGCAACAAGACCCAGAUCACCAUGAGCCAGCGGGAGUUCGAGCGCAAGAUGGAGGAGCACAUCGAGGAGAUGCGUGUGACGCAGACCAUCGCGUACUUCAGUCGCACGGUGGAGCUGUGUUUCACGGACUGCGUCCAUGCCUUCCGCAGCAAGAAGUUGGAUGACAAGGAGACGUCCUGUGUCAACAACUGUGCCGAAAAGUUCCUCCGCCACACCAUGCGCUCUUCCGUGCGUCUACAGGAGAGCUACGCCGAGAUCAUGCAGCAACAGCAGGAGCACCAGAAAUAGAUGGCGUCAAUACUCGAAGCUUCGAGUCAAGACACAGUGGCCAACAGAGGGCAGACAAUAAUGAAUACCCGAUCUAGACGAUCGUUGUGGUGCUUCAGGCCCGUCCUUGUAUUGAUCUUUGGUCUUGUGGGCAACAUCUUCUGCGCAGUUACUUUGAAUGACGCUCAUUAGAGCUACUAGCAACAGAUAAGGCAAACUCCCUUAGACGCUGAGAGGACUGUGGAAAUUGCUUGGAAAUAUUACUGGGAUGUAUGUAGCGAAGCUAACGUUAGAUACAGGGAGGCCCAACGCGGAUUUUCCUGGCUUGAAGAGCUGUAUGGACAGCCUCACACAGAUUAAUUCGUUCCAAUAAAGUUGCCUGUAGCACAAGUAACUUCUAGAUCACAUCACGACAGAUACACAACCAGCGACUACGUUCACACAAACUACGUAUCUUCUCCAAAGUUCGUUGCCUUAAAAGCGUUCCUACAAACCAUUCCCCAACAGACAUCGUGUGCGUCUAAAGGAGA